GUUUUUGAGAACAUCAAAUAUGCAUACCAGUAGAUGAAUCUGAGCAUCCAUAUGCAGGCUCACGUGUGCCUUUCACUAAAAGAAGUAAUUAUGAGAGAUCUGAGCCAUAGCCGAGAGUAUUUGCAAUAAAGCAUUUGGUUUUGGCGCGCGUAUCAGCUAUGACCAUGUGUAUCUUCAAAAAGCUGUUCACAUACCAGCUUUUUCAUCUCAAAAUGUUAAAUAAAAAUCUAUACAUAUUAUCUCUGCAGUUUACCAAAUCUCUGAAGCACUUUGGGGAGGAAGAAGGAAGGAUGCAGCCCGAUGAGUUCUUUGGGAUAUUCGACACCUUCUUGCAGUCGUUCAGUGAAGCACGGCAAGACCUGGAGAACAUGCAGCGACGUAAAGAUGAGGAGGAAAGGAGGGCACGAAUGGAGGCCAUGCUCAAGGAGCAGAGAGAACGGGAACGACGGGCCAAAAAGAGUGGGGCCUCAGACGAGGUUGGCGGAGAGUUUGACGACCUGGUGUCGGCAUUGCGUUCCGGCGAGGUCUUUGACAAGGACCUGAACAAAUUCAAGCGUAACCGCAAGCGCUCUGUUAACCAGCUGGUGGAAGGUGGGGGCCGUGAACGAGCUGUCACCAAGGUAAACUAUUAGGUUGGGACAAGGAAAAAAAAAACAAAGACUAGAUGCCUAAGUUCUGCCAUGGUGAAGAUCUCUGAACACCUUUAGGUUGACAUUGGAGAGGAUGUAAAUAACGGCUGAAGUGGACAUGUUGAGACUUGUAUGGACAGUCACGCCGUUUUGAAGGAUGCAACACUCUCCUCUGAUUGGUCUUGUAAAGCUAUUUCCAACCCGUUUGCCCGGGUGUUGUAUGAUCUCCUGAGCUGGAUGAAGAACAGUUGGGAUCGAUGGAUGGACGGACAGACCACUGUGACACAUUAUAUCUUUUGACCAUAUCCUUUUAACACUGUGCUCAAGCUUCCAGCUCUGUAUCACUAGUCUUUCCCCCCCCCCCUCACCCCUUGCUGUUCCCCAGUAAGUUCCACGGUUCUGGAAUGGCCCUAUCUGUUUUUGCUUUCUGGCUCUAAAACACACAGGACAUUUGGAUCAGCCAGUUACACUGUACAUAGACACAAGGCCAAGAGACAAAGGAUUCGAAGGACAUCAGGCAGAAAAAACAAACAGAAAAAGAAGGUGGAAAGGGGAACUAAGCCAUAACCUUCAGUUAUGUUUGCUUCACGUGUCCCCCAGAAAAGACACUUUUUUAAACCACAGAAUAGAUGGAUAUACAUAAAUUUCCUUCACUGCAAAGUCAGCAAAUCCCAGAACAGUUUGUUGGAUUCUAAAAGAGUGAGGAAGGAUAUACAACAGGGGGUCAUGGGGGUCAUUGUUUUGAUACAGUGGAUUUAUCCCAAUGUCCUCAUCCAGUGCACAGCAUUCCCAGGGAGGGUGUACGUGUACAUCCCGAGCUGCGAUUUCAGACACAACUCUCAAGGGGGAAAAAAAACAAAAAAAACCCAACAACUUCUCAGCUUGAUCCAUUUGACAUAAUGAUGACUGUGCCACAAGGGUCAAGCCUCACCUACUCGCUUCAAUGGUUUCAACAUUGUUCUGGCAUUGAUUAGUGCCAAAGCAACGAGAAAACAAAUGUAAAUGUAUUAAUACAAAACGUACUGCAAUUAGGCGUUGAUAUAUAUUUAUAUUUAGAUGCAGACAAGCUAAUUGCAAAGAUGUAGAGGUUUUUUUAUGUUUUCAUGGCAUUUGGGGGUUUUGUACACACAAUGCAUUAUUUGUUGGUGUUGCAAGUUCACAUUGCUGUUGAAGUGAAUUUCUAUACUAUUUUGCGCUAUGUAAAAAAAAGAAAAAAGAAAAAAAAGACAAUUGCUUGUACUUUUCUCACACCUGUAUGUCUUGUUUGCACUGUAGCUUUUCUGACAAACUUUACACUCCUAGGUUUCCACAAGCCAAUCUACAGUGUCCUCUGGAGAGAAAAAAAAGAGUCCUCUCUGUACCUAAAUGACCUUUAUCUAUAACAAAGAUAAUGAAGGAAUGACAUAUAUGAAUUUAAGUUUGAAGGCAGUGCUCUCUCUCUGCUUAGCUGUACGUGUGAAUGGUUCACAUGUGAACGUGUAGUCUGCUCCAUCAGCCGCAACUCAAAUGCAGAUCUUGUGGGAUUAUAGAAAGGGCCCAGAGGUGAUGAUGUAUAGCCAUUCUGUUUGGGCCUUUAUUAACACUCAUCCAUAGUGUCUGUAAGAUCUGUUCCACUGGUGCUAAAACAUGUGAUCUCUGGACAGAGCCGUCAGCACAGUUGAUGAUUUCUCAAGUUAAACUAUUGUUGUUGUUUUCUUAUUUCAGUUGACAUUGUAAUCUCAGAUCACAUCAUGUACUGAGUCUGUUAUGGUAAAGUCAGGGAACUACAAAGCACUUACUUACGUCUUUCCUUCCGGCUUUUCUCACCUUUGUGUACAUAUGGCUAGACCCCGUUACUAUGGACAUCCUGUUGCCAAACAAGAACCAGAACCACACACUGAUGCCAACCUAGGUCACGUUUUUUGAAUUAAAUGUAUAUAUGCAUUUCUGAAACCUUAGCAGUAGGCACGACAAAGGCUGCAAUGUAAUGUAUGGGCUCAUCUCGGUACAACAUGUAAACCUUCUUCUUGAAGAUGAUACAGUAGCUUGCUACAGGAAGUGUACCCAGAGAGAGAUGUUUAAUCCUGAGGCGAGGGCUCCUCUGUGAAAACUCUGCUCCCGGAUAAGAGAUGAGGAAGCUGAAAGGUUUGAACUCCAUUUUAGGACAUUAAAUGAAAGGGAGGAUCUGUUAACUAAGUUUUUCAGAGCACAUUGAAAAGUUGGCACAUCCUGUGUUUAACCUCUUAUGUUGAGCCCUUUCAUGCAUGUUUUCUAGUAAUCCAGAAUUACAAGGAGGGAAAUUUAAGGCCCAGGACACCAGCUGAGGCUUCAUGUUUUCAAGUAUGCUUGUUUUAUGUAUAGAUUGGUUGGUUGCGUUUCACAGGCCAAAUGAUUUGCACAACAACCCCGGUUCAGUUUGUAAGGGAUUCAUGUGAAGUGUUUGUUCUCAUUGUAACAGGAACAUUUAAAUCAAAGAUUUUGUCCCACUGCACUUGACUCAAUAAGCACUUGGUGUGUUUCAAAAAGACAUUUCUGAUGAUCGAUUUUUGUUUAAUGUUUCUCAACAAACUGACCUGCCACUUAACACCCAUCGCUGUAUGUCAUGAAGUUCUCUGUAGUAGUCCUGGCUAUCCCAUUUUGUUUUUGUUCUGCCAGCUUUUCUUUUCUAAAAAUAUUUAAGUGCCUCUGACCCUGUUUUCACACAUGUACCAUUCCUGUUAUUAUGUUUUAGAGCUUGUGGUUUCCAGUAUCCAGUGUUUUGUAUUGUAGUGAAUUGCAGCUGACAGUUGGAAUUAGACUAAUUGGCGCCAUCUUGUGGCUUUCUUGUGGCUACACUUUGUGACGUCACUUCAAAGUGUUGCCAUUAUGCGGCACUUCAUGCGAGCUCUAGGCACAAUAAGUCACCAAAGUUUCCCAAAGGUCCAACAGGCGUGUGUCACAGUGGCUCUGGUCACCAUAAAGCUUUGAUCUAUUAUCUGUACAGAGAAAUCCCACUCUGUUCUCCUAAAACUUAAAAAUGUUUCCCUCAAACUGAGGUUAGAAGGAUGAGUGCAGAGAGGAUCUUUUAAUGUCCCGCACUUUAGAGAUUUACUGGUGAACCAACUAGAUUCAAGCUGAUUCACAGAAGUCCCUUAAGUCCAAAGGGGAAAAUGACAUAUGAUUGCCUAUUCUUUAACCACCAUCUCAUGUAUAUUUGAACUAUUCUCUUUCCUAACCUCUGCUCCUUUGUCUUUUGAGUUAUCGGAGUUAGUAUAUCAGACUUUGGCAGACCCUUUAAACUCUUAAUCCAGAGCUUUAACCCAUAUUGUAGUGCAGACUAUUUACUGAGGGGUAUUGCGACAUUGUCAGUAUUAUUACAUGUUUAUGUUGUUACAUGUUUGGAUGUUUAUUUGGCCAUUGACUGGCUGAUUUUGGAGUGUACAGGUGGAAAUCAGAGGAAUGAAAAUUAGUAGCUUGUUCAAUGCACUUUUAUUAUGGGACAUUUCCAUUUGCAGCGUCAUUUUGAGGGCUUAGAUCCCUCCAGAAAUGAGAAGGGUGCAACGAAAGAGUGGUACAAAAAAAAAAAAAAACAUGGUGUGAAAAAAGAAAAAGGCCAAGUGAGGUUGGGGACUCCGGCUGGGCCGCUAGAAACACCUUAAUAGUCAGUUUGUUGGAUGGAUUUGUGGAGGACAGAAACAAAGAGGUGACACCCGUUUUACUUUCUCACCUGUCACCUGCUUUGGUGUGUAAAAGAACAAAUAAAGUAGAAUGUUUUCUGACACCGCAUUUCUGUCCAAUCAUGCACUUCGGCGUCGACCUGCAUGCCUAAAGAAGGGUGCACACAGUGUGAUGUGUUGACUUUAACCUUUAGUAGAAAAUUGCUUGCAAUAUGGAGGACACCUGUUACACGACGAUUUGUACUGCCUGAGAGAAGUUGCACCCAGUUUUAGAGGUUGUAUAAUUGUGAGGAGUCAGUAUUUUUAUGGUUGGAAAAAAAAGUAUCCUCCACCGAAAGAUGUACAGUUGGUAAAAAAAAAAAGAAAAGCAUUUUGUACACCAUUCUUGAUGUUUAAGAUAAGAUUAAAAAAAAGAUUGAAACAUUGAGGAAUGUUCCAUUUUCCUGUAAAUUGUACCUCUAUUUAUUUGCCUUAUUUAGUUUGCUAUAUUUUGUAUGUACACACAGCAUUACAACAAAAUGUUAUAUUAAAAAUAUGAAUAUGAAUAAUUAAA